AUUGAAUCAAUCCAAUUUAAUUCGCAACUAAUCGGAAUGAAUCCGCAAGCAUGAGCGUUGCCCGGCCGCUGACACCUCCAGUCAAAGUCUCGAGAAUCUUUUAUCGAUGUCAGUUUUACAGUUUAUCACGCUGGCCGUUAACUUAUGUCUCAACUCUUAUCCGACAACUUAGUCGUGUAAAAGAACAUGCUGUGUUACUUAGCGAUUUGGCCUCUGUCUUUUAAGGGCAACUUGAACAUUUAACAACCAUGCUUCUUGAGAAAACGAAGCUCCCUGGCUUACCAAAGUUCUUUAUUUUCAGCCCAUUUUAUGAAAGAUUUUACUCCCAUCAAUCUUUCGACUCUGUUACCUAUACAAAACUCGUCCAAAACUCCACCAAAUCUGGUUGUAUGCUCCACGGCAAACUUGCCCAUACCCAAAUCAUCAAAUCUGCUUUCAAGCCAUGCCUUUUUUUGCUAAACAAUCUUUUAAAUAUGUACUCCAAAGCUGGUGAAAUGGAUGUCGCUCACCGACUGUUUGACAAAAUGUCCAAGCCAAAUCUCGUUUCAUAUAAUUCUUUGAUUUCUGGAUAUAACCAGAUGGGUGCUUUUGAUAAAGCCAUGCAAGUGUUUGUUGAAGCUAGAAAAGCAUGUCUAAAACUUGAUAAAUUCACUUAUGCUGGUGCUAUACAUGUGUGUGCUCAAAAUGGGGAUCUCAAACUAGGGAAGUUAAUUCAUGGCUUGAUUGUAGUACGUGGAUUGGUUGAGAAAGCAUAUUUGACUAACUCAUUAAUCGAUAUGUAUUUCAAAUGUGAACGUGCUGAUCAGGCAAGGUUUUUGUUUGAGAAUUCUAAGGAGUUAGAUGCGGUUUCGUGGAAUACAUUGAUUGCAGGUUAUGUUCGUAUGAAUAAAAAGGAAGAGAUGUUGAAACUAUUAAUAAGCAUGCAUCGAAAUGGCUUGAACUUGAAUACUUAUACCAUGGGAAGUGUCUUAAAGGCUUGUUGUACAAACACAGAUAUAGGGAUAAUGUAUGGGGAAAUGCUUCAUGGAUGUCUAAUGAAACUUGGGUUGGAUGUCGAUAUUUUUGUUGGGACAGCAUUGCUUGAUAUGUAUGCAAAAAAGGGAGAACUAAAUAAUGCAAUCAAAAUUUUUAAAAUCAUGCCUAACCGCAAUAUUGUCAUGUAUAAUGCCAUGAUAUCUGGAUUUACUGAUGCAGAAAACAUUAGCAAGGAAUGUGCAAAUGAAGCUUGUGGCCUUUUCUUUGAAAUACAGACGCAAGGUUUGAAGCCCUCAAAAUUUACAUUCUCAAGCAUGCUCAAAGCUUGUAAUGCAGUUGAAGAUUUUGUCUAUGGCAAGCAAAUUCAUGCUCAAGUAUGCAAAUAUAACUUGCAGUCUGAUGAGUUCAUUGGAAGUGCACUUAUUGAACUGUAUUCCUUGAUGAGAUCAACUGAAGAUGGUUUGAAAUGUUUUAGAUCAACUCCGAUGCAAGAUAUUGUCUUGUGGACAUCCAUGAUUGCUGGCUAUGUUCAGAAUGGACAAUUUGAAAGUGCAUUGUAUCUGUUUUACAAACUGCUGGCAUCUGGAGGAAGACCAGAUGAGUUCGUUACCUCAAACGUGUUGAGUGCUUGUGCAGAUUUAGCAACAGCAAGAUUGGGUGAGCUGGUUCAUGGGCAUGCCAUUAAAAGUGGCCUUGGGAACUUCAGAAUUGUUCAAAAUUCACAGAUUUGCAUGUAUGCAAAGUGCGGUGACAUGGACUCCGCUGAUCUGACGUUUCAAGAGACAGAGAAUCCAGAUGUGGUUUCUUGGUCAGUGAUGAUCUGUAGCUACGCACAACAUGGAUGUGCUAGGGGUGCUUUAAAUCUCUUUGGAUUGAUGAAGGAAUUUGGUAUUUUGCCUAAUCAUAUCACAUUCACAGGAGUUUUAUCUGCUUGCAGUUAUGGAGGGCUUGUCGAAGAAGGAUUACAAUACUUUGAAAGCAUGAAGGAUUAUGACGUUGAAGCCAGUGUAGAGCAUUAUUGCUGUGUUGUUGACCUCUUUGGCCGUGCUGGAAGGCUAGCAGAGGCAGAAAACUUCAUCCUCACCUCAAGUUUCAAGGAUAAUCCAGUUAUCUGGAGAGCCUUGUUGAGUUCUUGCAGGGUUUAUAAGGACACUGUAACUGGGAAACGUGCUGCAAGGAAAGUAAUUGAGCUUGAACCCCAAGAGGCUGCAUCCUAUGUUCUUCUUCGCAACAUCUAUGCUGAUGCUGCUUUAGAACCAUUGGCUGCAAGUGUGAGAGAACUGAUGCAACAACGAGGUGUUAAGAAGAAACCUGGUCUGAGUUGGAUUUAGGUUGGAAACACAGUUCAUUUCUUUUCUGUAGUUGAUAUAUCUCACCCUAUGAGUCAAGUAAUCUAUCAAGGUUGGAAGAAAUUUUGGAGAA